AUGCCUAGGCUCAAUCCGAGUAUUGCUCUACACCAUUUGGCAGUAAAGAAGGGCGUGUGCCCAGUCAAACAAGCUCAAAGACGCUUUCGGCCAGAGCUUAUCCCUCAAAUAGAAACCGAGGUCAAUAAGCUCAUUGAAGCAGGCUUCAUUCGUGAAGUACAAUACCCGGAAUGGAUCGCUAACAUAGUCCCUGUCAAAAAGAAGAAUGGACAAAUCCGAGUGUGCGUUGACUUCCGUGAUUUGAACAAUGCAUGUCCCAAGGAUGAUUUUCCAUUACCCAUCACUGAGGUCAUGGUUGAUGCCACUACCGGUCAUGAAGCUUUAUCUUUCAUGGAUGGAUCUUCGGGUUACAACCAAAUUCAAAUGAAUCCUAAGGAUGAGCAGCUUACAGCUUUCCGUACCCCUAAGGGAAUUUACUGUUACAAAGUGAUGCCUUUUGGACUAAAGAAUGCUGAUGCUACUUAUCAACGGGCCAUGCAGAAGAUCUUUAAUAAUGUACUUCAUAAAUACGUGGAGUGUUAUGUCGAUGAUUUGGUGGUUAAAACAAAAAGGAGGGAAGACCAUCUGGUAGAUCUACGAUCCGUGUUCACCCGCUUGAGAAAGUAUCAGCUUAAGAUGAACCCCCGCAAAUGCGCUUUUGGCGUAACAUCUGGAAAAUUUCUUGGUUUCAUUGUGAGGCAUCGCGGUAUUGAAAUUGACCAGUCCAAAAUUGAAGCUAUCCAGAAAAUGCCAGAGCCCAAGAAUCUAUUGAUGAAAAAGGAUGUGCACUUUGAAUGGGAUGAGGCUUGCAGCAAUGCUUUUGCACGCAUUAAAAGAUACUUACUUAAUCCUCCAGUUUUAGGUGCUCCUAUCCCAGGAAAGCCUUUGGUGCUGUAUAUUGCGGCCCAAGAAAGGUCUCUAGGUGCUCUUAUGGCACAAGAAAAUAAAGAGGGGAAAGAAAGAGCCCUUUAUUAUCUAAGUCGAACUCUCAAUGGAGCUGAAUUAAAUUAUUCUCCUAUUGAAAAGAUGUGUCUCGCUCUUUUCUUUGCCAUAGACAAACUGGAGCACUACAUGCAAGCAUAUAUGCAAUAUGACCUUGCAUACGUUCCACAAAAAGCUGUCAAAGGACAAGUAUUAGCAGAUUUCUUAGCUGAUCACCCAAUUCCGUCUGAUUGGGAGUUCUCUGAUGAUUUCCUAGAUGAAGAUGUGUUUUACAUUGAAGUAAUGCCACCAUGGGUGAUGUUUUUCGAUGGGGCUGCACGUCAAGAAGGAGCGAGGGCAAGUGUAGUGUUUGUUUCUCCACAACGGCAUAUACUUCUUUACUCGUUCUCAUUAAGUGAACUCUGCUCUAACAACGUGGCCGAAUAUCAAGCAUUGAUCAUUGGUCUACAGAUGGCUAUUGAGAUGGGCAUAUCGCAACUUGAGAUCUUGGGAGACUCCAAAUUAGUUAUCAACCAAAUCUUGGAGCAAUAUGACGUCAAGAAAGAAGACCUCAUCCCCUAUUGCAAAUAUGCGAAGAAGUUGCCAGCAAAUUUUGAAGCCAUCACAUUGGAGCAUAUACCAAGGAAGGAGAAUAGACAGGCCGAUGCUUUAGCUAAUUUGGCUACUGCCUUAGCAUUAUCCCAACAAGAAACAACCAAAGUUGCUAUUUCCCAAAGGUGGGUGGUACCUCUUGUGGUUGAAGAAGAAGACGAAGAGCAAGCCAACAUCAUUUCUGUAUGCCUUGUCGAAAAAGAAGAUUGGCGACAAGUGAUCAUUGAAUAUCUUCAACAUGGAAGACUCCCGGAUGAUAAACGCCAUAAGACUGAAAUUCGGCGGAGGGCUGCUUCAUUCAUUUACUAUAAAGACACUCUCUUCCGCCGUUCAUUUGAUGGAUUGUUUCUCCGUUGCUUAGGAGAGGAGGAGGCUAAACAAGCCUUAGAGGAGGCUCAUUCUGGAAUAUACGGCGCACAUCAGUCAAGUCCUAAGUUACAUUAUAGGAUCAAACGAAUGGGUUACUAUUGGCCUACAAUGGUGCAAGAUUCUAUGGAAUGCGCUAAGAAGUGCGAAGCUUGUCAGUAUCACGUAAACUUCAUCCAUCAACCGCCAGAACCUCUACACCCAACUGUAGCUUCUUGGCCUUUUGAUGCAUGGGGGCUUGAUGCAAUAGGGCCAUUACCAAAGUCAUCCGGUGGCCACUUGUACAUCUUGGCUGCAACUGACUACUUCUCAAAAUGGGCGGAAGCUGUACCCCUUAGGGAAAUGAAGAAAGAAACGAUGGUCAAUUUCUUUCGAACUCACUUGAUCUAUCGGUAUGGUGUCCCUCGGUAUAUCAUAACUGAUAAUGGCAAACCAUUCUACAAUAGGCUGAUGACAGAGCUAUGCGAGAAGUUUGAAUUUAAACAAUACAACUCUUCCAUGUACAAUGCCCCGGCAAAUGGACUAGCUGAAGCGUUUAACAAAACACUUGGCAGUUUGUUAAAAAAAGUGGUAUCUAAGACAAAGCGAGACUGGCAUGAAAGAAUCGGAGAAGCAUUAUGGGCAUAUCGAACAACAUUUCGAACGCCCACUCAAGCAAUACCAUAUUCUCUUGUCUACGGAGUUGAAGCCGUCCUUCCUUUAGAACACCAAAUCCCAUCAUUACGGAUUGCCAUUCAAGAAGGAUUGACUGGAGAAGAAAAUGCCAAGCUCAGGUUGCAAGAAUUAGAGGCACUUGAUGAAAAAAGGCUCGAGGCCCAACAACGCCUUGAAUGCUAUCAAGCUCGUCUUUCAAGCGCAUUCAAUAAAAGAGUCAAACCACGAUCAUUCCAAGUUGGUGACUUAGUCCUCGCCGUUCGAAGACCUAUCAUCACAACUCAUCGUACAGGCAAUAAGUUCACUUCAAAAUGGGAUGGACCUUAUGUUGUGCAAGAAGUCUACACCAAUGGAGCUUAUAAGUUGAUUGACAAUGAUGGUUCCCUAACACUGCCAUUCUCACUUCAUUAUCAAAAACCUUCAAAUACACUCUCCUAUUCCUAUACAUCAUCAUCAUCAUCCAUGGAUUCUUCUCCCCAAGGUUAUAGUAGAAACGUUGGUAUUUGUCUCAUCAAUCCUUCCAAAAAGAUUUUUGCAGCUUCAAGGUUGGAUAUACCCAGUGCUUGGCAAAUGCCGCAAGUACCUUAUUGGUUGACAUAUGACUUCCCACCUGAAGUCAGGGAAAAGCUUAAACAUCAGUGGGGAUCAGACUGGAAGGGUCAAGCACAGAAGUGGUUUCUUCUUAAAUUCACUGGGAAGGAUGAAGAAAUCAAUCUGUUGGGUGAUGGGACCGAGAUAGCUGAGUUUGGCGAGUGGUCAUGGAUAUCUCCAGAACAAAUAGUUGAGCUUGCAGUGGAUUUUAAUAAGCCUGUUUACAAGGAAGUUAUGACAGUUUUUGCUCCAUAUCUUCAGUAA